AUGAAGGAUCGAGUUGUGCGGCCUACCGAUCCCGACGCUCUGGUCCUUGAGGCAUGGGGUCAGGGAUUAAUGGUCGGCAGUCUUCUCAUCAUGGCUGCUAUCACUGCGGCCAACAUGAAGAGACACAUUCUUUUGCAUAAACUGAUUUUCGCAGAGCUUAUUCUCGCAAUGGCUCAUGGUACAUUCAUUUUCCCUCAUGAGCCUACAUAUGGCUGGUAUCUCUCUGUGACGGCGAUCGGGUUAAAUAUUUCCUGGGUAUUACACAACAUCAUUUCAUGGAUGAAAAUUCGACCUUUCCUUUCACGCAAAGUCUCAAUCUUCUACAUCGUCACUAUGGUGCUCUGUUGGCCCUAUUGGGUAUUGGAGAUAUAUGCCAACUUUACCUAUUUCAACAACAUCAACGAUAUCUUCCUCAAGACCAGGCCCCUUGAACCACUCUUUCGGUAUGAUUCCUUAUAUCCAAUGUUCUAUUUCCAUGAUCCGUUGUCCAAUGAUUUUCACUGCCUGGCUGUGGGUGUUAUUAUGGCUUUAAGUCCAUCACUAAUUCUCCAAAGGGAUCCCUGGUGGGUUCUAACAGGCCUUUGCCUCUUCUGGACGAUCAAACGUGAAUACAAUUUCAAACUCUGGGAGCUCAUAGUCGUCAGCCCACGAUUUGGCGUGAUGCUUGCAUCGAUGCUUCUCUCGAUCGCAUUUAUUGUCGUCGAUACUUGCAGCGUUCUCAACGCUUUCAGUGGCUCAGAUCUUCCCACGGGUGUGGAGCCUUUCUGGAAGUUAUCAUUUAUCUUUAAGUGCCUAUGCGACACCGUUAUCCUGGACGACUUUAAAACAGCCCUCGAUCGGCUUCGAACGUAUUGGCUACGCAAACAAGCCACCGGCGAGGGGUUUUACCCACUGAGUGGACAGGGACAAGGACGUGAACGAAGUGAUGAUAUUGAAUCAAGUCAGGGAAAGAUUGUAACGCACAAACUCGUGCGAUUGGAUAGACCUUCUUCUAUUCCACGAGCGCUUCUCAGUCGGAAGGAUGCUCCAUAA